UUUCUGCCUUGCCUAGACAAUGGUAUCCUGACCCGUCUCAACUUCCUUACCCACUCGUUUAUCUCGUUACCUUGCUUUAAUACGAAGUAACUGCUUGACUUCUUCACAAUCCACCAUCUCAUCCUUCUACCAAACCAGAUUGAGAAUCCAAAGUCAUCGAUCAACGGAGCGUUCAUACCACGCUUCCUAUUUUGCUCAACUUUGGUAGUUUUGUCUGUCUCGCCAAGUUCCUUGUCACAAUCAACACCAUGGCACACAGCAAAAGAAACACGUCGCGUAGCGUCUUCACCUCUUAUGAGCGUGAUAUGGCCAAGGCUGCAUGGGCAUCCACCUCAGCCCGUUUGUCUCGCGAUUCUUUUCUCCCCUUUGGCUCUUGCUACCUCUGCCUUGAAAUGGCUAGGGACCCAGUCUCAUGUAGUCACGGCGACAUUUUCUGUCGAGAGUGCGCUGUGGCCAAUCUGCUCGCGCAGAAGAAGGAGAUCAAGCGCGAAGAAAAGGUUCGGGAGAAGAAUGAGCAGGCGACCUUGGAAGCGCAGGCACAACAAGAUGCUGAAGCCCAAGAACGGGCUGUCAAAGACUUUGAGAGUAUCCAAGCAGGGCUGAAACCGUCGGCUGCGGUAACGGCAUCUUCAUCAUCCAGUCUAUCGACUAAGAUCGAGGGAGCCGACCCCAACACCACCAAGGACAUUCAGGUCACCAAGAGGAAGUUUGUGCUGGACCAGGAUGAGUUAGACAGAAUUGCCAAGGAGGAUCGCACGAAGGCCAAAAAGUUGAUUAAAGAUGAGAAAGCAUCCAAGGAGAGUAUACCAUUCUUCUGGACACCAGGGCAAACACCAGAUGCCAACGCAGCUCGUAUGGCGGAGGGUUUGGCAGCCGCUCCCAAAAAGAUUAAGCUGGCGCCCAUCUGCCCAGCUUCGGUAGACGAGUCUCGGCACUCCUUCUCACUCAAGAGUCUCACUUCGCUCGAAUUCAAAGAAGAGCUCGACACUAAGACCAACUCUAGCCGCCGCAUUUGCCCGUCCUGUGUCAAGACGCUCGGAAAUGCCUCGCGACCUCUCAUGGCCGAAAAGUGUGGUCACGUCAUUUGCCGCAAUUGCGCUGUGAAGUUUAUGACACCGCAAGAAAAUGCAUGCUACGUGUGCGACGCUAGGCUUCCUGCGGCCCGCCCAGAUAGCAAGCACAAUGAACCUAAACAGGAGUUUGCUGGGCUGAUAGAACUCAGGUCCGAGGGCACUGGGUUCUCCGCUCGGGGAGCAAGCAAAGUUGAGAGAAGCGGCGUCGCUUUCCAAUGCUAAUGCAGUUGUGCUCAUGACCUGCAUAUCACGGUUCAUGUGAAUUGGCGAUGGCACCGUCCAAAAGCUAUUCAACGGCAUGACUGUCUUGUAUGCUCUAGAAGGCUCUCUCAGACACAGUCACGCAGCGCUGAAGCUUCUUAGCCUCGAAACGACAGCAAGAUGAACAGAUAUCCUUUCAUCGAAGUCGGAGGAAAACUCGUCUCAGGUGCUGCAUCUUAAUAUCGCGCGACUGUCUCCGUGACAAGGACACCAGCAGAAGACCAAGGCGGAUUACGAAGGUGUGAAUGACGCCUUUGGAUACCAUUGUCAGGCCAUGGCUGAAGAAGCUCUUGAGCACUUCGCCCUGAAGCCCGGCGUAUAAGGCCGCUAUUCCGUCGGUUCUGGCAAUGGACAAGACAAUGGCGAGCACGCUGUUAUCAAGCGCCUCCUUCGUCUUGGCCAGCGCACCUGGACUAGAAGGCUCCUUGCUGAGGUCCUCGGCACGAGGUCUUUCUUGGGAAUCAGUGCUUCUCCGCGGCGAAGCAGUACCGCGCAUCUGUAGUCUGGCCUUUGCGGUCUGUAUGGGAUAACUGAUGAUGGUCGCAAUGGACUUGCUCGCAGCAGCGAGGAGGAAUGUAGUGUGCGUGUUGUGCGAGGCUUCGUCAGAGUCCGGGAGUAGGGUCUUUCCCAGCUUUUCGUUGAGGAAGAAUGUGAUGCUAGGGUUGAUGGUCAACAGCAAUGACGCGGAAUAACCGGCCCAAAGACCAGCCAUGCCGUUUUCUGCGCGAAUUGACGAGAGAAUUUCCCACACCGAUGCGUCCCCGCCCUCCUCGUUGCCUUCAAUCAUCGCUGAUGUCUGUUUUCUCGCGACUACGUUCGCAAUUGGCGUCGUGCAGGCUCUCGCACAGGCGCCCGCCAACGCGCCCACGGCCAACUCGUCCAGGACCGACAGUCGUUUCCCACGCGAGCGCCGGCGCGUGCCUCGAAAGUACUCAUAAAAGAGAAAGAAGAGGAACGAGUCCGCGAUGGACUUGAAAACGUCCUGGGCGAGACCCGUGUAGAGGGCCGAUAUGCCGCCUUCUUGCGCCGUGAUGGCUCUCAUGGCUUGCACCACGCCUUUGUACUCGUCCUUUUCGGAGAUCGCAUCCUCGCUUCGCAGCUGCCGCUGGACUUUGAGGCGUGUGGUGACAAGGUCGAGGGGAUACACUGCAGCUGUCGAGAAGGCAGUUCCAAGGGCGCCUGCGAGGGCGUGGCCCAAGGCAUCGAGGACGCCUGCGGGCGCCAUGGUCUUGGGGAAGUAGUAUACAACUUGAAAGUACAAAUCAAUUGGAUUAAACUAUGAGAAUAAGUGGUUUUGUAGAAGUAACUAGAAAUGCGUCAAAGUAGGGGAUGCUGUAGGUCGGCGCAGUUCAGUAGAUCCUUGUUGUUCUCCUCAGUGUGUAGAGCGGAUAUGCUAUGUAGGACGUAUGAAAUGUAAGUGGUAAGAGGCAGAGAUCAACGAGCAUAGAGAUCGAAGACGACGGCAUUUCCUUU